CGGGCGGCAGGCCGGAUCGCGGGAUAGAGGACGGCGUCCUGUUUGCAAGUGCCGCAGUGGGGCUGGAAGCGGGGUCGGGGCGCGGCGUGGGGCCGCAGUGCUCCGCGCUCUGGGCGCCCCGUCGCGCUCUACGCGCACAGGGCGCGGUGUACCUGUGGCUAGAGCUCUGGACAGGAGACAAGAGAUAAAUGUUUACCUCCUUGCUCGCCUCUCUUUUGGGGACUGGACCUAGGAGGAAGUCACAGGAAAACAAUCUGACAUCAGGUAAGCACUCGUGGCGGGAGUCAGUGAAACUGAAGAGAAGUUGGACAUUCCCCUUGGCUCCAGUGGUCCCUGUGGUAGGUCUGGCCUGAGAUGUUUGCCUCGGUGACCGCUUGUGCACGUGGAUUAUGGCAGGAAAAGUGAAAUGGGUCACUGACAUCGAGAAGUCGGUGCUGAUAAAUAACUUUGAGAAGAGAGGAUGGGUCCAAGUGACAGAAAACGAGGACUGGAAUUUUUACUGGAGUUUGAGAACGCGUUGGCUGUUCAAUGAAGAAGACCCGUAUCCCGGCCCCAGGAGACGUGGAGACACCGAUGACUGCGUCAUAAACCCCACUUCUGAGCCGGUGAUGAACAACGACAAGCACUGCUUUGAGUGCUACGGCUACGACAUCAUCAUCGACGACAGGCUGAAGCCCUGGCUCAUCGAGGUUAAUGCGUCCCCAUCUCUCACCUCCAGCACUGCCAAUGAUCGAAUCCUUAAGUAUAACCUGAUUAAUGACACCCUCAAUAUCGCGGUCCCUAACGGCGAAAUUCCAGACUGUAAAUGGAACAAGUCACCCCCGAAGGAAGUUCUUGGCAACUACGAAAUUCUGUACGACGAGGAGCUGGCGCAGGGUGACGGGGCCGACCGAGAGCUGAGAAGUCGGCCCGGCCAGUCGCUGGGGCCUCGAGGGGGCCGAUCGAGAGACUCAGGGAGAACGGUGCUCACAACCUGGAAGUGACCACCAGCGGGAGGAAAAGACUCCACCCUGGACUCGGUCAAACUUGUCGCUGCACUCACCCUUGCUGAAGACUUAUUUUGGAAUUUCCUUUUUCUAGAGCCUUUUUCCUUUCCUAAACCCUGUAAAUAAAUAAAGGCCCUUCUUUGGAAGGUAAAA